AUGAAAAAUCAUUUUAAUGGAACGAAUAUUUCCUUAAAAAUCUUUUCAUUUUUUAUUAUUUAUUAUCCAUUAAUAUUAAUUAUUCUUGGUACUAUAUUAAAUCUUUUAACAUUUAUUAUUCUCUGUCGAACAACAUUUAAAAAUGCAAGAAAACGACCAACAAUUCAUUAUAUGCGUACAAUAGCUAUAUUUGAUAUAUUAAUAUUAUAUGGAUGGAAUUUAGAUCAAUAUCUUGAAAGAACAAUUGGUAUUAAAAUGACAAAUUAUUCAGUAAUAUCAUGUAAAAUAUUUACAUUUUUAAAUUAUUUUAUUUAUCAUGUAUCAGCAUGGUUACGUGUAUUUAUUUGUUUUGAUCGUUAUUUAUCAUUAAGUCGUUUACAUCGAACAUGGUUUAGUAUAUCAAAAAAUGUUCUAAUUCUUAUUAGUUUUCUAAUGCUAAGUUUUAUUUUAAUUAAUUUACAUAUAUUUCCUUUUGUUUGUUAUUAUGAAAAUGAUCAAGUUAAUACUGAAUCACGUUAUUAUACAAUCUAUCCAAUGUGGGAUCGUGUUAAUUUAAUUAUAUAUAAUUGUCUUCCAUUUUCAUUUAUGAUUAUAUUUAAUAGUGGAAUUAUUUAUCAUUUAAUUUUAUUACGACGUAUAAGUACAGUAAGAAAAACUUCUCGAAUACAACAUCGAUCAAUUUCAAUCACAUUACUUUUAACAACAUGUUUAUUUUUUCUAAUGACAACACCAGUUUCAAUUGCAUAUGCAUAUUUUUCACAUAGAAAUGAACAUAUUUUAUAUGCACUUGAUUCAAUUCUUUAUACUUAUCAUAUUUUAGGUUUUCCUGUUUAUUUUUUAACAUUUAGAGAAUUUCGAAGAGAAUUUUUCAAAUUAAUUACAUUAUAUAAUUGUCGAAAAUGUAAAAAUUUAUCAACAAUACAUCAUGAUACACCUAUUAAAAAUGUUGUAAAUCAUUUAUUUAUAAUAUCUGAUACAUCUUUAAAAUAG